GUGGCUAAUUCGGAGGGGAGAAAAGAAAACAAAAGAAAAAGAAAAAAAAAGAAAAAUUAAAAGCAUAUGGUGCAGGAAAUCUCUAGCCAAGGAACAAUGUGUACAUAAUCGCCUCCCCGAACUACUUUCUUCCAUGACACCAGGCUACUCUCUUUUUCCUUCUCAGUCUCUUGUAUCGUUGGGUCCGCCGUCCACGUCCGCGGUACUUUCCACACCAUGGGAGCCCUGCCAUGGGCGCAACUGCGCGCUAUCCCAUACAGAAUGAGAAGCCGCAGUCCUUACCUGACUCUAGCCGUCGUGUGAGUUCCGUCAGCCAUUUAGUGUGUCAUUGACUAAAUGCCAUAGAUGUACGGCGAUGUUUCUGGACCUCGCCAAUCUCAGUGCCAUCACUAUCGCCCUCCCGACGAUACAGAAGGAGUGGGGCACGACUGAGGGCGAUCUGCAAUGGAUUAUUUCUGCCUAUUCGAUCACGUUCGGAGCAUUUCUUCUCCUAGGAGGCCGAGGGGGGGACUUGUUUGGUCACCACCGUGUUCUUCUAUUCGGCAUGUCAUUUUUUGCACUAUUCACUAUGGUUUGUGGGCUCGCCCCCAACUUCAUUGGCUUGGUCGUGGCCAGGGCCCUGCAGGGUAUUGGCGCUGCUUUUACGAUUCCCUCCGCCCAGGCCCAUAUUGCUGUGUGCUUCCCCGAGCCAGCAAAGAAAGCCCAGGCCCUGGGCUUCUGGGGAGUAUCAGGUUCCCUUGGCUUCAUUAUCGGUCUUAUCUUGGGUGGUGUUCUGACGGCAUAUGUUGGUUGGCGAUGGAUCUUUUGGGUAUCUCUCAUUUUGUCCGGUGUCAUCAUCCCCGCGGCAUUUUUCAUCCUCCCACGACCUGAUCGUCCACCUGCCGAUGCAGCAGCGUCCCCAGACGACGAGUUGGAAGCAGGGCAGCACGAUGCCCAUACCAACAGGCCGGCCGCACUCUUCCGGAGAAUAGUCCAUCGCUUCGAUCCGCUAGGCAUUGCACUGAGUGUGGCGGGAAUUCUGCUCCUCACCUACGCGCUCACGUCUGCAAAUACAGAAGGAUGGGGAAGUGCACGCAUUGUUGCCCCGCUGGUCGUUUCAGUGGUCCUACUAGGCCUAUUCGUAUUCCAUGAGUAUCGGACCAGCAACGGGAUUGUGGCACCGCACCUUUUCCGCUCCACCUCCUUUAACCUCACUCUCGUGCUUGCCGUGAACACGUAUGCCGUCCGCCAGGCCUGCACCUACUUCCUAACCCUCCAGCUCCAGUCCUACGGGAACAGUGCAAUCCACACCUCUGUCCUCUUCAUAGCUCUGGGAGUGAGUGCCCUCAUCUUCAAUACGCUGUCCGGUCGAUUAGUGCCCAUUCUCGGUGCACGUCUUAUGUUUAUCUUGGGCUGGGGCUUCUCCAUUCCUGGUGUGCUCCUCUUUUCCUUCAUUGAUCAUGAUACCUCAUACUGGCGGUACACCUUUCCCGGGAUGAUCCUCUAUAUUGCGGGAAUCGGGGCGGUAUACAUCACAGCCAAUUUCGUCAUCGUUUCGUCCGCGUCUCGAGCUGACCAGGGCGCUGUUGCCGGGGUGUUCAACCUGGCACUCCAGGUAGGUGGCUCGGUUCUCGGUCUGGCGGUCAUCACGGCCAUUGCACAGGGUAUCCAGCGACGAUACGGUGACCCAUCUCUCCCGAAGGACGCCUACGGUCGCAUCGGCUACCAGAGUGCCUAUUAUAGUUGUGUCAUUCUGUGUUUUGUUGCCCUGUUGCUCAGUGUGUUCGCAAUUGAAAUCCCACCGAGUAUGAAGGGGACGGUGUGGAAGAGAUUUCAGAAAGAGCGCCCCUCUUCGAUUGAAGAGAAGUGAGAUUAAUAGGAGACAGUACGCUGGUUUCAAGACUAGCGACAGGUUGGUGGACUAAGACAGGCGGACUGUGCUUGAAAAGCGUGGAGUAGUUGUGCAAAUAGAAACCCUUCAUAAUGCAUUAAUUUAUUGGCCCUUGUUAUUACU